GAGGCGCACUUGGGAAAGGACCAAUUGUUAUUGGAGGGAAAAAUCAAUACAGUGACGGCAAGCAGCACGUGGGUGUAGGCACUUGUAGGAAUAGCCUGUUUCGCCGAGCCAAGCCUGAUAUGAUGCAUUGUUGCUUGGAUAGCAUUGGUCAUAUAUUAUUGAACACCAAACCAGAAUUUUGAAUAGGAGAGAGAUCAGUGAUUAUUAAUUUUCAUACCUGGAGUGUUGGUUGAUCAGUUUAUAUCCACUUAUCAUCAGUUUGCCUGAACAAGUACCAUACCAUGGGAAAGUGUGCACUAAAUAUACUGACUUCAGUGAAAUAGAUGCUUACUGUUAGAUUGGAGGUGACAACUUUCAAUUGUUGUCAGUAAUGGCUUUAACUCUACACCUGAAAUAUAUUGAGAAUCUGCGAGGGAAGAGCGAGAGGUUGGUGAAAGUAACUUUCAGAGGUGUUGCCCACUACUCUAAGGUCAUUGAAAAUGUGGAAGACUGCUGCUGGUUUGAUGAGACCUUUACUUGGCCAGUGGCACGACCUGUUGACGGCCGUGAGAUGGUGGAGGUACAGUUGUUUAAUUACAACAAAUACCUUAACAACAGGCAAGUGGGUUUCUUCCAGAUGCUGCUCCAGGAGUUGGUAGAAACAGGCCAUGUCAAGAUAACUGACCACUUGCUAAAUGAGAACAAUGUCAUGAUGAAGACUAAAGUCACAUUAGAAUUGACAUAUAAUGCCCCUGAUGGCUCAGUAGGGGUGUGGCAGAGGGAAGGAAUGGACCUCACCAAUGAAGCAGAGACCCUGACAGAGGAAGACAAAAACUUGUUGAAUGUUGAAAGGAAUAGUGAGUCUGAAUCUUUGGUGUCCAGUCCAAGCAAAUCAAGGCGAGGGUCAAAGAUCAGUAUAAGUUCAAAAUCAUCUACAGGGAAAGGAGAAAAGGAUGGAUCAAAAAGAAUGAAAAUACGCUCAGUAGCCAGACUGAUGAAGCUUGGCAAGCAACGUCCUCCAAUGGAUGAAGAGGAUGGCCCCCCUGUGAUACAAAUAGAAGAUGCAAAGAGUGUUGAAGGCAUGACAAUGGAAGAACAUGUUGACCCAGAUCUGGCCCUGGUACAGCAGAUGCUGAACAAACAGGAUGAGGAGAUGCAAGAAAAUAUUGUCAGUGAAGACCAUCUCAUUUCCUAUGGUGGAGCAGGAACAGCUACUAAUAAAAAAUCUAUACCUCAGCCCUCCUUAGAACAGUCUGCGUUGAAAGCUCAGGAUUUCCAGGUGUGUGUGACUAUCAUAGAGGGGCGGCAACUGGCAGGUCUCAAUAUGGACCCAGUGGUGUGUGUCCAGGUGGGAGAUCAGAAGAAAUACACCAGUGUUAAGGAGUCCACAAACUGUCCAUACUACAAUGAGUACUUUGUGUUUGAUUUCCAUAUGGCACCAACAAUGCUGUUUGACAAGAUCAUCACCCUUACGGUCCUGCACUCCAGAAACUUGAUUCGCAAAGGGAGCAAAGUGGGAUCUUUCAAGAUUGACCUUUAUACAAUUUAUUCUCAUGCUGACCACCAGUUCUACCACAAGUGGGCCAUGUUGACUGACCCUGAUGAUAUAAAUGGUGGUGCCAAAGGCUUCCUCAAGUGUGAUAUUGCUGUAGUUGGGAAGGGAGACUCAGUAAAGGUUCCUCCUAAGUCUGAUGCAGAUGAAGAUGACAUUGAGGCUAACCUGCUCCUUCCUGAAGGGGUAUCUGCAGAGCGGCAGAAAGCUAGGUAUAUAGUCAAGGUGUACAAGGCUGAAGGCCUGCCGAAGAUGAACACAGGUGUGAUGGCCAGCGUGAAGAAAGCAUUCACAGGGGAAGCCAAGGACUUGGUAGAUCCUUAUGUGCAGGUCUCAUUUGCAGGUCAUAAAGGUAAAACCUCUGUACAAAAAGGCAGCUAUGAUCCUGUCUGGAAUGAACAGGUUGUCUUCACAGAGAUGUUCCCACCACUGUGUCGCAGGAUGCAGAUACAGCUACGUGAUAAUGACAGUGUUCAGGAUGACAUCAUAGGCACACAUUUCGUCGAUCUUUCAGAGAUUUCUAACGAGGGACAGAAAGGUUUCUUGCCUACGUAUGGCCCCUCUUGGAUCAAUCUGUAUGGUUCCACGCGGGACUUCAGCCUGUUAGAUGAACAUAAGAUUCUAAACUUGGGUCUGGGAGAAGGGGUGUCAUACAGAGCCAGGCUACUUAUUGCAAUCAAAACAGAGAUUAUUGACAUGACAGACAUGGGGCCAACUAAAGUUGAAGUGGAGCAGACGGCACCAGUAAGUGUAGCUGGAAAAUUGGAAGACUUUCUACUCUAUGGUGUUUUCAUGGAUGCAACAAUGAUUGAUAAGAGAUUUGAGGACAAACCACUCCACUUUGAAUUAUCUAUAGGUAACUGUGGCAAUGGUCUGGAUGGACAGAAUGUAUCAGCCAAGUCUAGGAGAGGUGACAGCAGCAGUGAGGAAGAGUCAGGAGAUGAGGGAGAGGGACAGUCUCUACUGGCCUCUGUACUCUCUUCUACAGCUCAGGAAGAAAAACCAAUGUGGCAGAGCACUACAACUCCAAGGAUUCCCCAGAGCAGAGACAGGAUGUAUUUUCACUUACCUUACUAUGAUAGUAAGCCCUGUACAUAUGUCUGUGCAAAGUUUGAGGACCACCGCAGAAGGCUGUAUAAUACCAACAUGAUCAGAAAGAUUGUAGAAAAACUUGAAGAUGGCCUGCAAGAGGUAAAUGACAUGAUAAGCAAAGAGAUACCAUUUCCAGAGCGUCGUCUGCGCGGGGUAUUUGAUGAGUUUGCAAAUGCAUGUAGCCGCUAUGUAUCACUGUGCAAGGGCAGCAGUGGGUCCACAGCAGGGAGGACUAAACUGGACAAAGAGAGACAAAGACUGUGCCAAAGGGAAAUUGACCAAAUUGGAACAUUGGCACGUACGUUAAGAGCAACUGUGACUAAGAAUACCAUGAAGGACAAGUUGAAGGCAGUAGCAGGCUGUGUCACAAAGCUGAAGCAUUUAGCUAAUGAGCCACAAGACAGCCUCCCUGAUAUCUUUGUCUGGAUGCUGUGUGGACAGAAACGUAUAGCUUACCAGCGCAUCUCGUCGCGUGAUGUCAUCCAUUCUAUGGUGGAUGAGGAGAGAGGGAACCUGUGUGGAAAGGUGGUCACGUUAUAUCUGAAGCUCCCUGGAAAAAGAGCCACUGGUGCCUCAGGGUGGUCUAUUCAGUGUAAGCUAAAUGUGUACCUGUGGCUUGGAAUGGCAAAGCACAGGAAGGAGCUUCUUAUGGGACUGCCACAGGGCUAUGAGGAAAGUGAAGAAAUUACACAGGCAUUAAAGGUGUCUGAGGAGCCACCACUGUCUAUCACCUAUACAGUUUGUCAGACAUUUCAGCUCCGGGCUCACAUGUACCAGGCCAGGAGUCUGAUUGGUUCAGAUGCUUCGGGGUUGUCAGAUCCAUUUGCACGGGUCAUUUUUCAAGAGCAAAGCUCUAGCACACAGGUGAUCAAUGAGACACUGAGCCCAACAUGGGAUGAGAUGCUGAUCUUCAAUGAAAUUGUUUUACAUGGAACUGUAGAUGACAUAGCUGAAAACCCACCAACAGUGAUUAUUGAGAUAUUUGACAGUGAUAGAGUUGGCAAGUCAGAAUUUAUUGGCAGAGCAGUGUGCAAGCCCAUCGUUAAGAAAGUAGAAGAAAAAUAUGAGCGUCCAAAAUUCCCACCAAAACUAGAAUGGUGGGAUAUCUAUAGGGGCCACACAGUGGCAGGGGAACUGCUGGCAGCUUUUGAACUUUUACAGUUUCCAUUUGAUGAGAUGGAAGUAAAGAGGGCGCUAGUCACACCACCAUACCAGAGGAAGCGAGGGUUGUCUCCUCUUGGAGAGAUGAGUGCUGAUGAACUGCCAGCUAUCAAUCUGCCUGAUACUUGUUCUGACACCAGGGGGCCAAUUCUGCCAGUUCCAAAGGGGAUACGCCCCUUCCUGAGCAAAUACAGAGUGGAGGUUUUGUUCUGGGGAGUGCGGGACUUAAAAAGAGUCCAGUUGACCUCAGUGGACAGACCUAGGGUGGACAUAGAGUGUGCUGGACAUGUCCUGCAGUCCACUAUGAUUACCAAUAUGAGGAAGAAUCCUAAUUUUAGCACAGUUGUCAAACACAUGGACCUGGAAUUGCCUGACAACCAUCUGUACUGCCCACCAAUCACAAUAAGGUGUGUGGACUGUAGGAACUUUGGCAGAUUUGUACUCGUUGGAACUCAUGUCAUCAACUCCCUGCAGAAGUUCAUGUACACACCAACCACUAAAGCAGCAAGGGAGGCUGCCUCAAAGCUUUUGCAGUUAACAGACAGCAGCAAACCACCUCCAGCACCAGGCACCCCUCAGAUGCCACCCCUGGGUACCCCUCAGCUUGGCGCCACACCCCCUGGUGUCACUCAGGCACCCCCAACACGGCCCUCACUUGUGGUCAGUCACGUUCAGCCAGGGGUCACUUCUGUCAGGACCACUGAUGUGGCUGUGACUAUUGAUGAGAAUUUUCCUCUUAUUGGUUCUAACAAAGGAGAAACCAUCAUUAGCAUAGAGCAGGGUAAAGCAGACAAGACUGAGGAGAACAAGAAAAGGAAGGGCAGCACUGCUGACGAGGAUGACCUGGAUACAGACACAUUAGACUGGUGGAGCAAGUACUUUGCCUCAGUGGAGAUGAUGAUAAUGGGUUUUGGCAGACAAGAGGACGAUCAGGAAAUGGAAAUGGAAAUUGAAAGGAAUGAUGAUGACAGUGAUGCAGAAGUGAAGGAACAUGAAAAACAAAGAAAGAGAGGGAGGUUUGGGUUAGUUGGUGGUGUUGGAGCUCAACAAGAGAAUGUUAUAUCAGACACAAAUGCUGGGGGAUAUGGUGCCAUACCCAAUGGAAAUGCUGAAGAUCCUGGCUAUAAUGCAAAAGAAGCCAAAAAAAUGGAGAAGGAAUUGCACAAAAUAGAGAAAGAGCAAGCUGGCAGUGACAAGGAAAAAUCCAAGCUAACUACUUUCAAAGGAGCUGUAAAGGCGGUUACUUUAACAGAUAAACUGUCACCAAAAACACAGAGGAAAAAAUCAAAAUAUGCACCUUCCACUGCCCAGCUCAAGGGUUUUAUAAACAAAGCAUUUAAUAGGGACAGUGACAGUGACCUUGAAGGAGAUGAUUUUGAGUCAGACCGUGCCAAACGGCUGGCUAAAAUACAAAAAAUUGUGAUUUAUCCAUGUGAGCUGGAAGCUGUUCCCGAGUUCAGCGGCUUUACUGACUGGCUCCACACCUUUGAGCUGUACAGAGGCAAGAAGACUGGGGAUGAUGCUGAUGAUGAGAGCAGGGUGGUUGGCACCUUUAAGGGUUCACUGAAGAUCUACAAGAUACCCCUUCCUCCAGAUAUAGAAGAUAGUACCUUUAAUGGAGGUGAUCCUUCCCUUGGAUUAUUCCAAGGUGUUCCCAGUAAUGAUCCCAUACAUGUCAGGAUCAGGGUGUAUGUUGUUAAGGCAACAGAUCUGCAUCCAAUGGACAUCAAUGGGAAGGCUGAUCCAUACUUGCUUAUCAGAUGUGGAAAAACUGUUAUCAAUGACAAAGAACACUAUGUCUCCAAACAGCUGAAUCCAGUGUUUGGGAAGGGAUUUGAUAUUGAGGCCACAUUUCCAAUGGAAUCUAUUCUCACUGUACAAGUCUAUGACUGGGAUUUGGUUGGAGCAGAUGAUCUGAUUGGAGAAACCAAAAUAGAUCUGGAGAACCGCUAUUACAGCAGGCACAGGGCCACUGUUGGACUUCACAAAACAUAUGAAGUAGAAGGGUACAAUGCUUGGCGUGACUCUAUGAAACCCACCCAGAUCCUGGCUAAACUAUGCAAGGACAACAAAAUCGAUGGUCCUCACUACACGUAUGGCAAGGUAAAGGUGGCCAACAGAGUGUUCAGUGUACCACCAGAUGUAGAUGCGGGAAAGAAGAACAAAAACGUAGAUGAACACCUGGCCCUGGCAGUGCUCCACCACUGGGAGGAGAUACCAUCUGGUUGUAAGCUGGUACCAGAACAUGUAGAAACCAGGGCGCUGUUUAACCCUGAGAAACCAGGAAUUGAACAGGGUAAAAUAGAAUUAUGGGUGGAUCUGUUCCCCAUGGAUAUGCCUGCACCUGGCCCACCUGUUGAUGUGUCACCUAGGAAGCCAAAAAGUUAUGAAUUACGCUGCAUAAUUUGGAACACAGAUGAAGUUGUGAUGGAAGAUGAUGAUUUUUUCACUGGGGAGAAGAUGAGUGACAUCUAUGUAAAAGGCUGGUUCAAGGGACCAGAUGACAACCAGUCUACAGAUAUACAUUACAGAUCUCUGACAGGAGAGGGCAACUUUAACUGGAGGUUUAUCUUCCCAUUUGAUUACUUGAUGGCUGAGGAGAAGAUUGUGAUAUCUCGUAAAGAAACCAUGUUCUCCUGGGAUGAGACGGAGACAAAGAUCCCAGCACGGCUAGAACUGCAAGUGUGGGAUGCUGAUCAUUUUUCUGCUGAUGAUUUCUUAGGUUCCCUGACUUUGGACCUUAACCACUUCCCUCGAGGUGCCAAAUCUGCCAAACAGUGCACGCUGGACAUGCUGAAGCCAGAUGCCCCUCAUAUGUCUAUUUUCAAGCACAAGAGAGUCAAAGGCUGGUGGCCAUUCACUGCUAAGUCAGCUGAGAAUGAUGAUCUAGAGAUAACAGGGAAGGUAGAAGCUGAGUUGCACCUAAUAACAGCAGAAGAGGCAGAGAAGCAUCCAGCUGGUCUAGGCAGAAGUGAACCAGAUCCUCUAGAAAAACCAAAACGCCCAGACACCAGCUUUAUCUGGUUUCUGAACCCACUCAAGUCAAUCCGCUAUAUCCUGUGCAACACGUACAAGUGGCUCAUUAUAAAAAUAUUGGUCUUCACGCUACUAGUGGCCCUUCUAGUCUUGUUCUUUUAUGCCAUGCCUGGCUAUACAGUCAAGAAGAUGUUUGGUGCUUAGAUGCAAACAAUUAACAGUGAUUCAUCUUCAGAUUUACAUUAAAAUUGCCAAGCUGCCUGUCUUCUGGUUGAUUAUGGUAUUUACAGAGGAUGAAGUGAGGAAAAAGUUUGAGAAUAUCAUGACUAAAAUGCUGGUUUUAGGGCCUAGGUGGCAGCACAAGUCUCCUCUGCUGGUAUCUGGGCAGAAAUAAGCAGUCUGUGAAAUAAGCAAGAAAUAAGCAGUCUGUGCCGAGUUGACACCAUUUUAAAAUAUGGCGCUAAAUAGGCCAUUGCUGUCACAUGACAUCUUUUGCCACAGUUUAUUUUCUUUUGAGUGAUAAAAAGUAGAAUCUCUUUAUUUUUUGGUAGAUUUAUCGAUUUUGUGAAAAAUUGUACUAGACCUGCUAGCUGACACCUGACAGUGAUACUUAUAUGAAAGUAAUGUAACUGAUAAAUGUAAUAUGCAAAAAUAUAAUGAAAAUGUGUAUUAGUUAAAACCCUCCGAUAUCCAUAGUGUGGAUUAUGCUUUCUUUAUUGUAUACAAUAAUUACAAUGUACCUUUAUCUUUUCUCAGUGAUUGAUAUUUAUUUAAAAAAUUAAGAUGGGUAUUUUGGGCAUAUACUUCAUAUUUAUCUAUUUAUUUGAUUUUUAUUGACUUUUUGAAUUCAUCAUAGAUAUUAGUUUAAGAAUAAUAUCUAUUAUGAUUAUUCCAGAAAUAAUAUCUAUAAGCAAAAAUGAUUUAAACGCAUUUGUACCUACACCUGUUCUAUUUGCAUGCAAAGUUUAAAAACCUACAUAGCGAAUGUCAACAACUCUAUUUCAAAUGAGGUUUACAUUGUCUCAAAACAUGUUAGGAAUUUGAAAGGGAGUACUUCUCACUGUCUUCUAGUAUGGAAAGGAGACUAUUCCAUCUCAUUGGUUAAACAUAAUUUGAAAGCAUUAAAUGGCAGUAUGUAGAAAUGAGGGUUGAUCUAUCUGCAAUGUGAACAAGGCUUCAGUUUUGUUUGAAUCUGGAUCCUCAUGAUGUAUGGUACAUGCUAGGUUUAAUGUUACCAAAUUCACAGCCAUAUUUCAGAAUGCCCACAAGUGAGAGUUUGCUAUGGACCAAAUCCGUAUCAGUCAAACUACAGUCUUGAAGCCAUUUUGUUGCAAAAGGGCAGGGUACUUAGUUAUGUGGAUGCAAAUGGAAACCCAGGGCACCUAUUACUUACAUAUGCAUUGUGUUGAUUACUGUGUUCUUAAAUUGUCAAGUAUAAUACUCAGAUCUUUUUGGUCCUUUUUAUCAUUUCACACAUAAUUAUAACCUUUGCUGCAUGUGGACUUAUUACUCAAGUCAAUACGUGUUGUUGUGACCUUUUGCCUCCAUCUAGCAAAACAUUAAUUCUUGCUUCAAAAUAGCUGUUGAAGUUGGCUUUAACCCAUUCUAUGUUUUCCCUUAUUGAAUUAAGUAACAUAUCUGUUCCCUUAUAUGGAAUUUUGUAAUAUGUAUGCACUUUUCACAAAUAUAUCAUCAGACCAAAACAUUGCUGUAGCAUUUAAUUUUUUGUAGACUUUCUCAAAACCUUUGACAGAAGGUAUCACAUCUUUUUAUCGUAUAAAUUUUCAGUGCUCUUCUGUCUCUCUGUACAUUUGUCAGAUUUGCUGUUCAGAUUUGUUUCUCCCAUCUCAUAUGAUACAUACAUUCAUUUAUGGAAAUAGCUAUGUACCUUUCUUCAUUGUUGUAUUGAAAAAACUAAAUUAUGAUUUUGAAAUACAUUUUAGGAUUAUAUCUGGAUUACAAAAUUGUUUGCCACAUCCAUUUUAGAGUGGAAUAUGAUUGAAUUGCUCUACUAUUAUUGCAGAAGAUAUUUGAUGCUUCUGCUCCCACUAUUUAGUUUCGGCCAUAAAGCUUUGACAAUUCCAAUUUUUAAGAUAACUUUGUGAGUGCCAUGCAGGCCCUAGAAAAAUGUUUUUAACGAUGUGAUUUAAAUUGGGGUUGGUGCAAUAUGUGUAUAUAUUUGGUGUUUAGUUUGAAUUAUUUAUUUUUCAUUUGAUCUCAGUUUUGGCAGCUUUUUCUAAGCUGAAUUUAUUAAGUUGCACUUAUAUUUUAAGUCUUAGUUCUGAUAUUAUUAGAGACUGUUAGUGGACAUUUUUUGUUGACAUGUUAGGAGGAUAUUUUAGCGAUUUGAAUACGCCUGUCAGUUUUCUUUUCUUACUUAGAUCAACGUUAUUCUUUGAACUGGUUUUGAUUUAAUACAUGUUACUGUGAUAAUUUCCUUGCACUUUUACUGUUGAUAUCCAAAAAAGUGUAUGAAAUGUAAUAAUCACUAUGAAUGUUUGUAGUCCAAAUCAUUCCUUGAUGUUAUUUCACUUGAGAGUCUUAAAUAAAUCACAAAGAAGA